GCGCAUUACGUGAACGCGCGUCGCCACACUGAUUAGCUGCUCGGGCAAAGAGACCGAUGAGUUUGCUACGAAUCCUACCGAAGAGGAUAGGACUGCUUUUAAGUAUUUUAAAAUAUAAUUUAUCUUGGACUACAAAAUGCGUGAACUCCUCCUCCGUACUAUAUAUAUACUUCCAGUGACCUGGACAGUAUGCUGAGAUAAAAGAGCCAACUAAACAAUUUGUUCUUUUUGGAUUACAGGACAUUAAAGAUACUUUUCAUCAGUGUUACCAAAAGUACCCUGACCACUCUUGAGAGAAGACUGACGAGAUUGUUAUUUUACAACAUUCCGUUCAGCGCUGUCUGGAGGGAUGAUGUCUUGAUGUUGCCCCCCGUCCAGCCCAGAGGAGAGCGUGCCAGUGGCGGGUGCUGCUGAUGGGAACGGCUGCGCCGCCAUGAACGCUCGUGACGGCGGGGGUGGCGAGGGCACCCUGGGUCGCCGGCGGCGGUUCGAGAACUCAGAGUUCACCGUGCGCAUCUACCCGGGCGCCCUAGCCGAGGGCACCAUCUAUUGCCCCGUUAGCGCCCGCAAGAACACCACGGCCGCCGAGGCCAUCGAGCGCAUCAUCGAGCGUCUCCGCCUGGAUCGGCGCCAAUGCUACGUGCUGGCCGAGGUCAAGGAGUUUGGCGGCGAGGAAUGGAUCCUCAACCCCAGCGACUGCCCUGUGCAGCGCAUGCUACUCUGGCCCCGCGUGGCAUUGGAGCAGCGUGCGCUGUCCGGCGGCGACGACUACCGCUUCCUGCUGAGGCAAAAGAACUUGGACGGCUCCAUCCACUACGGCGGGAGCCUCCAGAUGUGGCUGCGGGUGACGGAGGAGCGGCGCUGCAUGGUGGAGCGUGGCCUCCUCCCCCAGCCCGAGCCCCGGGGGGACCACGCCGACUUGUGUCGGCUGCCCGAGCUCAACGAACGCACGCUGCUGGACAACUUGCGCUCACGUUUCCGCCAGGAGUGGAUCUACACCUACGUCGGCACCAUCCUCAUCGUCAUCAACCCCUUCAAGUUCCUGCCCAUCUACAACCCCAAGCACGUCAAGAUGUACGACAACCACACGCUGGGGGAGAUGGAGCCGCACAUCUACGCAGUGGCGGACGUGGCGUACCACGCCAUGCUGCAGAGGCGCCGGAACCAAUGCGUGGUCAUCUCUGGGGAGAGCGGCUCGGGGAAGACCCAGAGCACCAACUUUCUCAUUCAUCACCUGACCGCCCUAAGCCAAAAGGGAUUCGCCAGCGGAGUGGAACAGAUCAUCCUGGGGGCAGGGCCAGUACUGGAGGCUUUUGGAAACGCAAAGACAGCCCACAACAACAACUCCAGCCGCUUCGGCAAGUUCAUCCAGGUCAACUACCAGGAGAGUGGCACCGUGAGGGGAGCUUACGUUGAAAAGUAUCUCCUGGAGAAGUCGAGACUCGUCUAUCAGGAGCACAACGAACGGAACUACCAUGUGUUCUAUUACCUGCUGGCGGGGGUGAGCGAGGAGGAGCGCACAGCCUUCCACCUCCGGAAGCCUGAAGAAUACCAUUACCUCAACCAGAUGAAAAAGAAAGUCCACCGGCACUGGGACAGUUACAGUGAGAGCGAGCCGGACUGCUUCACAGUGGAGGGGGAGGACCUGAAGCAUGACUUUGAGAGGCUACAGUUGGCCAUGGAGAUGGUGGGCUUCCUGCCGGCCACACGCAAACAGAUUUUCUCCCUGCUGUCUGCCAUCCUCCACCUGGGGAACAUCCGCUAUAAGAGGAAGGCCUACCGGGAUGAAGCCAUCGACAUCUGCAACCCGGAGGUGCUGCCCAUCGUCUCGGAGCUGUUGGAGGUGAAGGAAGGGACGCUGCUCGAGGCCCUGACCACACGAAAGACGGUGACUGUGGGAGAGAGGCUGAUCGUCCCCUACAAGUUGGCGGAGGCUGGCACCGUAAGGGAUUCCAUGGCAAAGUCGCUGUACAGUGCUCUGUUUGACUGGAUCGUGUUCAGGAUCAACCAUGCCUUGCUCAACAACAAAGACCUGGAGGACAACAACAAGAUAUUGUCCAUUGGUGUGCUGGACAUCUUUGGCUUCGAGGACUACGAGAACAACAGCUUUGAACAGUUCUGCAUCAACUUCGCCAACGAGCGACUCCAGCACUACUUCAACCAGCACAUCUUCAAGCUUGAGCAGGAGGAGUACAGAGCAGAGGGCAUCACCUGGCACAACAUCGACUACAUCGACAACAGCGGAUGCAUCAACCUGAUCAGCAAGAAGCCCACUGCACUGCUCCAUCUGCUGGAUGAAGAGUGCAACUUUCCCCAAGCCAGCAACCAAACCUUGUUGGACAAGUUCAAGCGGCAGCAUGAAGGGAACAGCUACAUGGAGUUUCCCGCUGUCAUGGAGCCUGCCUUCAUCAUCCGACACUACGCCGGCAAGGUCAAAUACGGCAUCAAGGACUUCAGGGAGAAGAACACGGAUCACAUGCGUCCGGACAUCGUGGCAUUGCUGAAGAGCAGCAAGAACGCCUUCAUCGGUGGGCUGAUUGGCAUCGACCCAUCGGCCACGUUCCGCUGGGCGGUGCUGCGGGCUUACUUCAGGGCCCUGGUUGCCUUCAGGGAGGCUGGGAAGAGACACCAGCGCAAAAAAAGCACAGGGCAUGAUGGCGCUGCUCCCUGUGCCGUUUUGAGCGUUGCGGAUAGCUUUAGCUUUCUGCAGCACCCUGUGCAUCAGAGGAGCUUAGAGAUCCUGCAGAGGUGCAAGGACGAGAAGUACAGCGGGGCGAGGCGGAGUCCCAGGACCCCCCUCUCAGACCUGCAGGGCAGCAACACACUCAACGAGAGAUCGCCACGGGGUUCUCCUAUUCCUGGCUUGAACGGGCGUGUGGGCCAGCAGAGUCGCCUAUCGUCCGGCAUCUCCACCACGGAAGGGGACGGCAUCUUCAUCAACUCCACCAGCAGCAAGCUGCUGGAGAGAGCUCAGGGCAUCCUCAUGAGGAACAAAAACUACAAACCCAAGCCUCUCCUCCCAAAGCACUUGUUGGACGUCAAGUCCCUCAAGUACCUGAGCAAGCUGACGCUACACGACCGCAUCACCAAGUCCCUGCUCCACCUGCACAAGAAGAAGAAGCCGCCCAGCAUUAGCGCGCAGUUCCAGGCUUCCCUCAACAAGCUAAUGGAAACCCUGGGCCACUCCGAGCCCUACUUUGUCAAGUGUAUCCGCUCCAACGCUGAGAAGCUGCCUUUGCGCUUCAACGACGACUUGGUCCUGAGGCAGCUGCGCUACACUGGCAUGCUGGAGACCGUACGCAUACGGCAGUCUGGAUACAACAUCAAGUACAGCUUCAAGGAUUUUGUCCGCCACUUCCGUGUGUUGCUCCCAGAAGGCACCAGGGCUUCAAAAGAAGACAUCCAGAGGUUUCUGGGCCAGGUGGACCUGGCGCCAGAUGGCUUCCAAGUUGGCAGGACGAUGGUGUUCCUGCGGGAGGCGGGGCGUCGGAGCCUGCAGGCCUCUCUCCACGGCCGGGUCCUGAGCCUGGUGGUGGCGCUGCAGCGGCGCUUCAGGGCCCGGCUGGAGCGCGCCUCCUUCCUCAGGACCAGGGAGGCGUCCGUGUGCAUACAGCGAUGGUGGCGUGCAUACCGGCCGAGAGAUAUCGAGGAUAAUGAAGAGGGCUUUGAGCUUGCCAUCCAACAAGAGGCGGCCGUGUGCCUCCAGAAACACUGGCGGGGGUACGAGGCCCGCCGGAGGUUAGGGCUUUGGAGGGAAGCCGCUCUGGUAUUGCAGAAAGCGUGGAGGUUGUGGACCUAUCGCCGUGUUGACGCGGCACUGGUGAUUCAAACAGCGUGGCGCUGCCAUAGAGCCAGAGAAGGCUAUCUGAGUCUGUACGCUACAGUGGUGCGACUGCAGGCAGUCAGCAGAGGCUACCUAGCCAGACAGAGCUUCAGGGAGCUGAAAAAGCAGAGACUGAAGGAGAAGCAGGAGCUGGUCCAGCUGCAGAACGGUCAGAAGAGCCAUUCUCCAGAGGAAGAGGAACGGCAAGAAGAGAGGCCCGUGGGCCAGGACCUGAGCCUCUGGGGGGACCCCUCCUACGAGGGGCGGGGGAGGAGCACCCAGAGGGUCCCCGGCCUGGAUACCCAGCAGGACCAGCCGAGGUUGAGAGCAGGAGGAGCAGAAGACUGUCCCGGGAUGAGCUCAAGCGACCCUUUGCUCCAAGAGCAUCCUGAAGCACCGGUCACCGUGGUGAUUCGAGACAGGGCCAGAACGUUAGAUGAACUCAGCCAGAAGACCACCAGGGCCAAACGGGAGAGCCGGCGCAUGCGGGAGCUGGAGCAGGCCAAGUUCAGCCUGGAGCUCCUGAAGGUCCGCGCGACCAGUGGCGGGGCGUCGUCGCCCUCUGAGGAGAGGCGCUGGUCGGCAGAGCUGCUGCACGCGUCCACCCCGCCCCUGCGCUCCCCCCAGGGCACCCCUGACAGCCAGAGCUCCAGGUUCAGCUUCGAGCUCCUAAGCCUUGAAGAAGGGCCGCCCAGGGCGACGCUAGAAGAGCUCGACCUCGACGAGGCCGGCUCUCCAGAGCUGCCGGAUCGCCCCGCGGAGCUCCCUUCCUCGAGGUCAGCCACAGGCUCUCCGCUCAUCCGUGAACGACCCGACCCCGACGACAGGCUACCUCAGUCACCCACACUUCCGCCCAGAAUCGAGAACUACCUCCCGACCUUUUACGUCCCGACCCGCGACAGCCACACGGUCUCCGGCCCUCCUCCUGCCAAGAGCCCUCCACAGCGUUUCGAGGUCGCUGUCGCCGCUCCCACAACCCCAGCCACCACCACCACCUCCGCCGCUGCUACCACCAUCACCUCCGCCACGGUCACCUCCACCACCGUGAUCUCCAAAGCCCUGAAGGACAGGAGGGAGCCGGGGCGCCGGCCGGUGGUGGUGGUCAUCAGCAUGCACAAGGCCACCCCUCUGAGGGAGGAGCCGGGCGCCGCGGGCCACCCCCGGGCGGAGCUGCCCAACCAGCCACCGGGUUGCCUGGCCGCGCCCUACGAUGCCGUCCCGGCCCCAGCCCCGGUCCCGCCCGCCAACCUGGCCGUCCUGGAGAGACUGGAGCGGCUGAACGAGGAGAAGGAGGAGAGGCAGCGCAGCCAGCAGCAGCAGAGCGAGAGGCAGAUGAUGGAGCAGAUCCGGCAGCAGAAGGAGGCGCUCGAGAGGCAGCGUCUCCUCUUCGCCCGGAACGAGAAGGACAUGUUCGAGAAGCAGCGGGGCGAGGCCUUGCACAGGAUACAGCAGAGUCGCCAGGCGGGGGCCGGUGCAGGACACAAAGGUUCCCGAGCCGCCACAUCCAGCAAGGCCCCCAGGCCCGACUCGCUGGUGUUUGAGAGAACACAAGCACCGGCUCCUCACACCAGGACAAUGUCUGAGCUCCGGGCCCCUGAAGAGCUCUCAUUUCCUCGGGCAGAGUCCCAGCCCAGUGCCCCUCAGCCCGGCUCUAUUCCGCUUUCCUCCUCUGUCCCGAGAGAAACGCUUGGAGCAAGCAGGCCUAUCGCCGAUGGCUGGGUGCCCAAACUCACAUUAGAAUCUAGUGAUGGAAGAAGAACCUCACCGAGACUUACCCCAAAGAAGACGCCUGGUGGGCACCAGGGAAGUACAGUUCACACGGCUGACAAGUCUGGGAACAUCUUCUUCUCUCCUAAGGACAAGGUUGUGUUUGCCAAAUUUGACGAACAGGACAAACCUGUGGCCAACCCUAGAGAGUCAGUUCCCAAGGCCUCGAAAGGACCACAAGUGCGUGAGGUCGGCAGAGCGGGCAACAAAAAGAAAGCCCGCAUGGCUCGGACCCGCUCCGACUUCCUCAACCGCGUCCCCAUUCUCUCCGUGGCGGGGGAGUCUGAGGACGACGACACCCCCGCCCCCCCCCGCCAUUUCACCCUCCCCCUCUCCAAUCGCAGCGUCCCCGACGCUGACCUAGGAGAGUGUUUUAGUGACUCGGAGAUGCAAAUGGGCUCCGAGACGCAGAAGAGCAUGCAAAAGGCCAUGUCUUCUGAAGAUCUGCCGAAAGCGGAAACACUGCGCAAGAACGCCCAGGAUGGAAGGGUGCGUGGCAAGAUGCGCUUCUGGGGAAAGACCAAGUAUAGCGACAAGAAGUCUUCCAGGGAAAAGCUGAUCUGCGGGGGAGACUCCAUGGACGGGGAGUACGGAGACACUGGUCUGCUGAUGGGCGACGGUGGGUGAAUCGUACACACCUGACGAGCCGAUGGAGAGGGUCGCUGGCUCAUGUUUUUCAAGAUGGAUAGAAAGAAAGUCAUUCUUUGUUUAUAGGGUAUCAGACAAUCCACAACACUUGGAUUUUAAGUAGGGGUCCUACGAAAAACGUCAGAACCCUAUUGUAAUCAUUACUAUUAUAAGGCGUCCUACGAAAUCCGUUGGAACCCUAUUGUAAUCGUUAGUAUUUAUAAUUUUUUCCUGACAAAAUCUGCCAUAUCUCAAAAACGACAUGGUCAAAAGUUAUUAAAAUUGCCUUGUAGAACCCGUGAUAAAAUUGGUGGGCCAGAAUGAACUAUAGGUGGCGUUAUAACAAGCCUUUGACGUGCAACAUAGGCAAGGCAAGGCAACUUUAUUUAUAUAGCACUUUUCAUACACAAGGCAGACUCAAAGUGCUUCACAUAUAAACAUUGUCAUACAAUGAAAUAAAAUAAUAGAUAGUAAAAGAAAACAUAUGCAAAGAAAUGAGUAAAAUAGAAAGUUAAAAAGGCAAAAAAAUAUAGAAAAUAAAGGCAAAGUUAAAAAAGCUUUUUAGAAAGUGCAAUGUAUUUAAGAUUUAGCAGAAAGCUAAAGCAAACAUAAAAGUCUUCAGUCUUGUUUUAAAGGGGCUCAGAGUUGGGGCAAGUCUUAAAUCCUCAGGGAGUUUAUUCCAGCUAUUUGUUGCAUAGUAACUAAAUCCUGCUUUCCCAUGUUUCGUGUUCACUCUGGGGAUAAUUACUAAUUACAUACUCAACAGGCUGUCAUUUCCAGUAGGAAAGUGCAAUAUGCAUGAAACUUCUUAUCCAUGCACCCUUCUUCAUGAUGAACAACUUUUAGACUCCAAAAGAUUUGGUGCCGGAAGUGGUUAAAGCUGCAAACUCGGCACACAUGUACCAGGUGACUGGGACUAUAUGGUGUGAAUUUCAUAGCAAUAAGCUGAAAGACAGAGAUAUACAUUUUAAAGUGAAAUACAUGCAUAUGUAAACGGCUCUAAAACACGUUUAAACAGCUCUAACAUUGCAUCCAAAAGGCUCAGCUGUAUGUGUAUAAAAGACUAUCUGAAAAAACAACAAAAAACUUUUGUUUGAAGUUCUCCCUUCUGAACCGCGUCCUCUCUACAAUGCAGGCUAGGCCUUAAAGUGGUCCACAUGUCAUUUCGUAAAUGUCAGUUUCGACGGUGGGCUUCAAUACAGUAUGCUUUAGAAACGUGGAUGGUGAUUGUUUUGUUAUGUUAACUUCAGGUAAACCAGUUUUUAAAGCAUACAAAUGCCAUAUUAACAUACCGACCAA